ACGCUACAUCUAAGUGGCAAUGCGAAUAAUCCGAUUAUCGUAAGAGGUAUUGGAGGUGGCUCAUGGGCCGGUAUUGUGGUGAAACCAAGUGAGUUUGCUCCGAUUCUUGUAAUGUUCCAUCUCCUCCGUCAGUCUUCGGUGGAUCUUUCACGAUGUUUGAUAUCUGAAGGAGGUACUUUGGUAGCGAGUAAUUGCAUAUUGGAAGAUGCGUAUGUGGCGCUUAUUGUUGACUCAGCAUUUGUGCACAUCAGUGGGCUGCAAAUUGUACGUCCUCUACAGCUUGGUGUUGAAAUUACUCGAGAAUCUGCUGAAGACAUGAAUUUUGGUCAAAGUAGCAUAAUAUCAUCUAUGGGUGGUGGCAUAAGAAUCACCAAGCGUGAUAGCNGAAGACAUGGAUUUUGGUCAAAGUAG